ACGUACUGCAAAAUGAAUCGAUACAAAAUCACAGGUGAACGUUAGGUUAAUAUAUCUAUCUAACAAUUUAUUUUUAAAAACACAACGGUACCGUACCAAUAAUGCGGCCGACAGGAAGCCGAAACAAGUUGUCGAAAUACUUUGAAAUUUACAGGGAAAUAGCAUUUUGUAAUGAUUCGAUAGGCCUUUUUUCAGAUGUGAUCCUUAUCUGUUGGCGAGCAACAAUGUUGUGACACUCUUUAGAAAGACAGUCGCCGGUAAGGCCAGUUUUUAUAUCGAGCCCGGCAUAUUUAGCUGCUGGUGGGAAUUGUCAUCUCAGAAAGUCUGCCGGACAUUUCCUAUAGAGUCCAGGCCGAUGGUUAAGGGGAAAAACCCUUUUGCAGGAAUAUGACGAAGGCUGAUGAUGUGUUACCUGAGAUGUGAGGUAAGAAAAAAAUCCCCCCCAUGGAGGAAUCACUGGAGCGGUGAGUUUACUAUAUGGCUAUUACGUGUAAUAACAAGAUCAGGAAAUCUUUGACAUAUAUAUGGACGAGCUCCGCCCAAUUGUACACGCUCUGUGCAUUCAAUUACGCCCCAAUUGAUGACGCACAUGCGAUCCUAUGAGAAAGCGACUGAAAGUGGAAACUUUUAUUCUCCCGGGGGUUCCUGGAAAGCAAGGAAUUUAGUCACAGGGGCUCCGCAAGUGCAACAAACGCCGAAUUAACCGCAGCCCAACACGAGUCUACGAUAUGUAAGUUUAAACUUCAAAAGUCACAACAGAGCCCGACGAUGUACAAAGUGAAAUACGACAAGAGUCUCGCACGAGUGCUGCCCAGGCCGUGGCGGAUGACGCGCUCGAUCUGCCCAGCAAACUCUCGACAGAUGUUGCUAAUAGUGAGGUUAAUUAUGCAAUCGCGUCAGAUUGUGCAUCCAAUUCAGCAUUGAAUUUCGGUCUUCCCAGACGAUGAAACAUAAAGUAGACCCAUCUGGUCCGUGUUGUUUCUACUCCGGGGCUACAAGUGCCGGCCUGUUACCGCAACUGCUGUCGUCUCUGAAUUUGACUGUGACAGUCGAAAAUGAUGGUAUCCAUUUCGCUUUCUUCGCUCGUUUUCCGCACUUCUUAAGCAGAGAGUCACCAGCCGCGUGACGUCAUCACGACUUCCGCCUCGAGUUGUGGGUGACGACUGGAGCCAAGGAGCUGGCGAUAAAUCGCUCCACUGGUGCAAAGCAUUAAUCAUCCUCAUCACUGGAAACCGAAGAAAAGCUGCAAUAAAAUGAUCGCCUUAAAUGAAGGCCCAGACGUCGACGAUCAAAACAACGAAAGCAACAACACUGAAAACCACCACGUCCAAAUCGGCACCAUCGACAACCACACGCAAACUGACAACCACACGCAAACUGACAACCACACGCAAACUGACAACCACUCGUAAACUGACAACCACACGCAAGCCGAAUGUAACCACAACCAGAAUUGUCACGACGACUAAACCGACGACCAAUCCGGCAGUCUUUUCGUUUUGUCGGAACACGAAUUCAUCGGCAGCCACUGGCCAAAUUCAGCUCAAUAAAACUUCACAGACCAGCUCGUCUUCGUGCGUCUUUGACAUUGUCGUCCCACCCGGCCAGCAGAUUCAGUUCUCCUGCUCUGCAAUCUCCUUCAAUAACUACACCAGUAAAAUGGCCUUCUUUGAUGCGACUGAAAGUGACUGGCCCCUACCCGUAACGAACAAGAUGUAUUAUUCCACGGCGAAUACUUUGUCCGUGUAUUCUGAAUUUAUAGGAUCUGACGAGUUCAAUUGUAAAUGGAAUACCACGCCCAACGAGAACACCACAAAGUUUAAACUGUGUCGACACGGACAAACCUCAUCGGCUAAUGGUACCAUUCAACCCAUAGCUGGUAAUUCAUCAUUAGACACACCGAGACAUUGUUCCUUCUCCAUCGUGGCAGCCCCAGGAUACCAGAUUGAAUUUUAUUGCUCGGCCAUCAAUCUCACAAGCUCUGGCAGUCUCUUUCAAAUUUCAGGUGCAACUGCUGUUAUACUUGUAGCAAAUCAGACGUAUUUCUCAACUGCUGAUAAUGUCGUGUUCCUGACGUCGAAACUGGGCAGCGCUGACUGGAUCAACUGCAACUGGACGACCGCACGCAGGGAAAAUAAAACCCAGUUCAAACUUUGUCUUGACGGUUUGGCAACAGCGGCUGCCGGGACCAUCACGCCAACCGGAGACGACAUCAGGCCCUGGGGAAGAUGUACGUUCGUAAUCGAGGCUCCCCCCGAUCAACAGAUUGAGUUCACCUGCACUGCCAUUAACCUCACCAGCUUUACAAGUCAAUUACAGAUUGAUGGCCAAACAGAUCAAACACAGACUACAGUUCCGAUAUUAAAUCGGACGUAUUAUUCUGAUUCCCGAAACAAAUUGAGGAUAUCGUCUACAGUGUCCAACGCAGAUUGGUUCAGUUGCCAGUGGUCGUUCACACGAAAAGUAAACAGUUCCAAACUACAAUUUUGUCGUGACAGUGAGACUGGAUCAGCCAACGGGACCAUUACAUCUUUAAAAAUAGAUGACCCGUUUUAUCAUUCAGGGCUAAAUAGAAUUUGUUAUUUGUUGAUCAAGGCUCCCCUUGAUCAACAGAUUCAAGUUUCUUGCUCUGCCCUGGACUUGAAUAGCUCCAACAGUUUCGUGGCGAUUUCUGGAUCGAAUGAAGUGUCAUCUAUUAUUUCGCUUUUUUAUCCGACCUUUCUCCCAGUCGCAUUAAACCGGGUGUAUUACUCAGAUCAAAACAACCUCGUUUACUUGGCAUCACAAUUUAACACUACCGAUUGGAUGAUUUGCAGUUGGUCGACGGUACCAAAGCAAAUAACGACCAAUUAUAAAAUUUGUCGCGACGUUGAGACAACUUCGGCCAGUGGUACCAUCCAGCCCUUAAUAGGCAACAGGGGGCAGAGGGGCGCGUGUUUUUUCUCAAUCAAAGCGGUUCCGAAUCAACAGACUGAAAUUUCGUGUUCAAUCCUCCAACUUCGAUCUCCAGUCAAUCUAAUUCUAUUCACCGGUGAAAAAUGGGAAGUACUACUUGGAAUACUUGGAAUGCAAAGCCUCAUAGAUUUCUGGCUCCCUGUAUUAACCCAAAAGUAUUAUUCAAAUGGCAAGCAGUUGAAUGUGAUGGCUACAAUCGACGACGAUAAUUGGUUCAGUUGCAAAUGGAGAACCGUUCCCAUGGGAAACACCUCUGCAAAAUCGCUAAUUCAGCGUUCGCCGUAACGCGGUUUUUCAAGUAAUCCCGAUGACGACCAAGUGUCGCAAAAAGAUGGAUUCGGUUAAACUUUUAUAUAUCUAUGGUUUGAAUUUAUGUUUUCAUGCUAUUAUAGCCCUACCAUUAGCAUAAGAAUUUCCUAUUUCAUUUAUAACUUUUUAUCUUUUUUUACUUUGAAUUUUGUAACUGAAAUUUAAAAGUAAAUAUGGUUUCACACGGCAA